CUACCCCCUUAGAUGCCCAUGUUAAGUGACGAAAGUAGCGUAUCGUACCCAAAUAACGCUAUCUCUGCGCAGACUAUUCUGAAAUUUUCUAUUCCUCCAUGCACGCAGGGCACCUACGGCGCGAGGAGCUGGCGCUGCGCCAUUUCAUUCGCUGCCUGUUCCUGUCCGAGGUGAGGAACGAGGAUAGCUGUGCAUGGCUGUUUAGGCUGCUGCAGCCCUGGCCGCUGGUGUUCCGCGCCAAGCUGAUCUUUAUCAUCUACGGGCCGUGCUGCCACCACGAGCUCCUGUGGGUGCUGCCGUCGCUGCCACAGACGGCGAUGGGGUCAGCGCUGCUGCGCGUCUCGCUGGCGCAGAUGGGAGGGGCACUGGUGUGCUUGCACGAGGACGCCGUGGGGUGGAAUUCGGAUGACACCAUCACGGUGCUCGAAGAGCUUUUUGUGAUGUCACGGGAGUGGCUUCCGGUGAACCGCGCCAUGCUGCUGGCGCACUGUGGAUCGGACAUCUGCGUCCAGAUGCUCGCUUCCAAGCUCGUCAACGGACGGAAGGCUGAAGUGGCCAGCAUCCUCUACAACCUGAUUCUGGUACAGACUGCGGUGCCUCAGUCGGCGAGGUUCGUUAUCGACGUGGCGAGGGCGCUCCAUGAUGUGGUGGGACAGAUGCGUUUCCUCAAGGAGAUUCCUCUCCACAGCAGCACGCUCCUGCGCGGUUCGUUGAGAUACUACGCAAACGGCGAAGAGGGUUACGAGCAAGUCUGCCACUCCCUGCUGUCUUUCGUCUCCUCGAUGCUCGAGCUGUCCUGCGUGUCGGAGUCGAACUGUGGUCGCCUGUUCGACGACGACUGAGUGAUGAGAGGCACCAUUCUUUAGUGGAUGUCCGACCUGUCCGGUCUGGGCAACGAUGACCUAACCGGACGUGCGCCAGUCAGUGCCGUUGUUGUUGCAGUGGCACAUUUCAACGCCGAGACUGCGUUCUGAAGCCACAACUUCGUGGGACGACUGCUCCUAAAGCUCUGUUUGCCAUACCUGGACACUUUUACUUCGACGAACAGCGUUCGGUCACACCGAGACUGUUUUCGCCAUAAGCGUUCAUAAUACGAGACGAAACGUUUACGAUUACGAACAUACUAGCCUCACGUUGUAAGUUCUUGUCAUUUCUAUAGGGUUAGGGUGUAGUGCACCCGACACAGGACGUGCAAAGGCACAAAAGGAGGCACACACAUGUGUGUGCGCGUUUCAUCUUUUCUCUUGUAUUGUGUUAGGUGCACUACAUCCUAAUCCUACUAUAUGCUAUACGCCAAAAGACCCUAACGUACAGCGUUGGUGAAAUUCUAGUCCUUACUUAAGAGCGGAGGGGGUAACGAGACUUUCGAAGCUCAAGUUGGAGCUCAGACUGUUUUUCCUUUCUAUAAGAGUGCAUUCCUAUAGAUAUAUUUAUUUAAAGCGUGUUGUUUUACUUUAAGCCCUUGUGGAGCACCACAACGCAGCGCGGGCGCCUUUAUUAGAAGCAA